AUGGCUAGUAAACAGCAACCACCUUACCUGAACCUGGCUGAACUCACCGCCUCUCAGUUCCUGGAAAUCUGGAAGCAUUAUGAUGCAGACGGGAAUGGUUACAUUGAAGGGAAAGAGCUGGAGAACUUCAUUCGGGAGCUGCAGCGAGUGAGGAGAGGGACCGGUGUGCAAGCUGUAAAUCAAAGGUUCUCACAGAAAAUGAAAGAAUUCAUGGAAAAAUACGACAAGAACGCAGAUGGAAGGAUUGAGAUUGCAGAGCUGGCCCAGAUACUCCCAACAGAAGAGAACUUCCUCUUAUGUUUCCGACAGUGCGUGCGGUCCAGCGCGGAAUUUAUGGAGACCUGGAGGAAAUAUGAUGCAGACUGUAGUGGAUACAUUGAAGCAAAUGAACUUAAGAGCUUCUUGCUGGAUUUGUUAAAGAAAGCAAACAGACACUACGACGAUAAGAAGCUACAAGAGUACACUCAGACCAUACUGAAAAUGUUUGAUGCGAACGGAGAUGGAAAGUUGGGCCUUUCCGAAAUGGCACGUUUAUUACCUGUUCAGGAAAACUUUUUGCUGAGGUUUCAGGGGAUGAAACUGAGUGCAGAGGAGUUCAAUGCAAUAUUCACGUUUUAUGACCGGGAUGGAAAUGGCUACAUCGAUAGUAAUGAGCUGGAUGCGCUACUGAAAGAUUUAUAUGAGAAAAACAAAAAGGAGAUGGAUAUUAAGAAACUGACUGCGUACAAGAAAAACAUCCUGUCGCUCUCGCACGGUGGAAAACUAUAUCGACGGGAGCUGGAGAUGAUCUUGUGCACAGAGCCCCUGUAG